UAGCGCAGGACCUGUCCGGGCUCAAGAGCCGGAGGGGCGACACUGGUUAGCACGGUGCUUACAUUUGAGAAGGCAUGAGCCAAUAUUAUAUGUGAAGGAAGUGUGUUAUGGCGGGCGAGGUGCGAACCAAAACCAAAAAACCAACUAUAGGAUGUGACAGGAAUUCAGCAUCCAUUUAGCGGAAAUACUCUUGCAAGAAUACUACUUUCCUCCUUCACCGCCUCAGAUUGCUAUGCUCAGCUCCGCUCUGCUCCAGACCGCGCAUGUCCUGGAGCUCGGGAGCGGUAUCGGCCUACUCUCCGUUCUGCUCUCCCCAAUCGUGCGCAAAUAUACUGCCACGGACAUUCCGGCAUCACUCCCCCUCCUGCAGAAGAAUGGCGGAUCAAACAACAUCACCCAGGUUGUGACAGUAGAGGAGUUAGACUGGGUUUUCCUUGCAGGGCUAAACGAAGAACGGAAAACCCGAUAUUUUCCACUGUCAGAUCCACCCGAUAUCGUACUCGCCGUCGACUGCCUGUACAACCCCUCACUUCUGAAACCGUUCCUGACGACCCUUUCGUAUCUCUGCCGCCCUACAUCUUCCAUGUCAGAACGCCCCAAGAGGCGACCUGUUGCACUGGUCAUGUCGGAACUCCGUGACUCCGAGGUUAUGCGGGAGUUUCUCACGCUCUGGCUGGAGCUGGAUGGAGACCAGGGAGGCUGGACGAUUUGGAGAGCGGGGGAAGGUGUCCUCAAGGGAACACGUUGCGUACUUUGGGUAGGAUGGAGAACUGGAUGAAGAUGCUGGGUGUCUCUCAGGUAACGGCGUGGGCAGUUGGUCACGCGCUGUGGUACACCGGCAGUACCGUAACAACUUCGGGAUUCAUGACUGAGGCAAUCUCCAUGACUUCUGAGCGGAUCUACGCUGACUGUCAGAUGCGGUGAUUGAUCUUCCAUCCACUUGUCUGUAGGCUUCUUCUCUUACAGAGAUGGGACCGGCUUGUCCCCAAUACUGCGAUUCCACCCUCCUACAUUCGCUACCAAGCUAUGCAGGAAGAAAGCCCGCGAAGGUGGAAAUGUCGGAGGGGGUAGUCGACAUGCUGGCGGCGUGCUUAGCAACAAUCAAACAAUCCGCCGAUGCACAAUUGCCUCCGUUUCACCGCGGAGAGGCUAUGAGAUAUGGGAGUUUCAACCCUGCGAGAAGAGGGACCCGCCGAUCCCGACCUACCCUCAUUCACUGCCCGCCC